AACGUGAGUAGCUCUGGCUGCACUGGGUGCUCCCCCCACUAUCGUGAUGGAGGGUUUCAUGCGUUCGCAUCCGGUUGUGCUGCUGGACGGAGGCCUGGCGACGGAGCUGGAGCGGCAGGGAUAUGACCUCAACCACCCGCUGUGGAGCGCACGGCUACUCACUGAGGCAAGGGAAGCAUGCACAGCACAGCACGGAUGGAUGGACUGAUAGAUGAAUGAGGUCAGUGACAUGAACAUGCUUUCUGUGCAGAAUCCGGCGGCCAUCCGUGACGCCCACCUUCGCUUCUUCGACGCAGGUGGGUGCGGCUGUCUGGCUGUGCGAUCUGCACUGACCAGACUGUCUGCGAUACACCUGCUGACAUCGUCCAUGUGUAUGUUUCAUUCAGGGGCCGACGUCGCCAUUACAUCGACCUACCAGGCAAUGCGAGCACCUCUGAUGACGUACGUGAGUGGCAUGGAUGGGUGGGUGGCCCUGACUGCACGCACACCUGUCAUCAGGCGUCGUUCCCAGGUUUCGCACAGCAAGGUACACACCCACGCAAUGCAAUGGGCGGCUCUAGACUAGCGCGCCGUUCGCUCAUUGCCUGUCUGAUGUGACGUACAUGUGACGUAUCUGUGUCACUGACAGGUCUGAGCCCAUCCGAGAGCCGAGCGCUCUUCCACAGGGCCAUCGAUUUGGCGGUCGAAGCGCGAGGUCUCAACGGGCAGCGGACAGGAAAGGACGCCGACAAACUGAUCAUCGGGUCAUGUGGCCCUUACGGAGGUGAGCGACAAACAAGACAGCCAUCUGGAUGAUGGCUGGCCCAUGUCGUUGUUGCUGCUGUGUUAUGUGUGUGUGUGUGUGCAGCCUAUCUGGCUGACGGGGCAGAGUAUCGGGGCAACUAUGGCGUCGAUCCUGACGUGCUUCGCGACUUCCACAGGGAGCGGCUGGCUGUGCUGUUGGAGACCGGCAAGGUCGAUGGCAUUGUGUUUGAGACCGUCCCUGACCGGACAGAAGCCAAGGCAAGAGCGGCGCAGUUGAUUGUGUGUUUGUGGAUGGAUGGAUGGAUGGGUGCAGGUGAUUGUGUCGGGUGUGCUUCGGGAGUUCCCCGACCUGAGAGGAUGUGUGUGGCUGUCCUUCAGCUGCAGGUGUGUACGUGUGUGUGAGUCGAUGCGUGUGGGUACCCCCAAGAAUGACGAUCGUCGUCUGGCUGCGUGUGUGUUCUUCACCAGCUCUGGCAGCACCAUUUGCUGCGGCGAGAGCUUCCGCGACACCGUCAAUGAGAUGCUCCAAGUAAGCUGCAGAACAACAGAGGCACCGCGCUGUUCCCUCCUCUGCCACAUGGUCCUGUAUGGCAUGUUUAUUUGCAGCUUGACGCCCGCGACCGUUUCCUGUGCGGCAUUGGCGUCAACUGCAGCUCGCCCGACGUCAUCAUCCCUCUCUUGUGCGACCCCAGCCCCCUUGCCCCCUCCCACAUGGGCUCUGUGCGGUUGAUCGCCUACCCCAACAGUGGCGAGCAAUGGGACACACACACGCACUCGUGGUGUGGCCCUCGAGGUGGUGGUGCGGGCGGGUUGGCGGAUUAUGUGGGUGGGUGGGUCGAUGGGGGCGUGAGUGUUGUGGGCGGCUGCUGCCGGACAUUUCCCGAUGACAUCGCACUGAUGCGGAGCCGGUUGGAUGAGCGGGGGGGAGAGGGCACGUGAGUGGCCUUAGGGGGUGGUGUGCUUGAUGCACCCCUGUGUGGCUAUAGAGAGCGCCGUCCGCUCCCAUCAGCGGUCACUCAG